GUUCAACCAACUGAGCCAUCCAGGCACCCCUAACCAAUCAUCUUUUAACUGAAUUCGUGUUUAAUAAUUACAGGUACCAUGCUCCCCCCUUCCUCCUGUCUGGCAGCAGCAGGGAUGGUGCAGGGGCUGGGGCAGGAGCCCCCAGAACUAGUCCUAUUUUAACGUACAGUUUUGUUCUAUAUAACCUGGAAGUCUAGAUCCAACCUUAUAAAUGGAUUUAUAUUUAAUAACAAAAACUACACCUAUUUUUGCCAAUCUAGUGUUAAAACAGUAUAACCAAGUGCUCAUCUUCUGAUACACACUAAAGUCUUACUUUAAAAAAUCUUACCCAUCCUUUAAGGCUUAAUUCAAGUCCUGACCCCUCUGACAUUUUCUGCACUUGUAAUAAGUACCCUGCAUUAAUCUUCCCUGCUCUAAACUCCCAUGGUCUUCAUACUUCAGUUUGGCCAUUAAUCUAGAGGAUCUUAUUUGUUAUUUAGUCGUUUUGUGUAUCUGUUUCUUUUUUAAUUUUUUAUUUUUUUUUUAACGUUUAUUUAUUUUUGAGACAGAGAGAGAGAGAGAGCAUGAAUGGGGGAGGGUCAGAGAGAGGGAGACACAGAAUCCGAAACAGGCUCCAGGCUCUGAGCUGUCAGCACAGAGCCCCACGCAGGGCUUGAACUCACGGACUGCGAGAUCAUGACCUGAGCCGAAGUCAGCCACCCAACCGACUGAGCCACCCAGGCACCCCUGUGUAUCUGUUUCUUAACUGACCAAUGAAAUGAGAUACUUUCUAGUUGGGAGCAAUCAUGCAGAAACAAAAUAUCGUGUUUUGAAGAUUGAUAGAACAGAACCGAAAGAUUUGGUCAUAAUUGAUGAUAGGAUUGCCGGCUUCUCAAAUAUGUUGGUAGCUACAGUUUGGAACCCAUUUUCACAUGUAUAUACUCAGCAAGAAGUGAGAGAACUUCUUGGCCGCUUGGAUCUAGGAAAUAGAACAAAGAUGGGACAGAAAGGAUCCUCUGGGUUAUUUCGAGCUGUUUCAGCUUUUGGUGUUGUAGGUUUUGUGAGGUUUCUAGAAGGCUAUUAUAUUGUGUUAAUAACUAAAAGGAGGAAGAUGGCAGAUAUUGGAGGUCAUGCAAUAUAUAAGGUUGAAGAUACAAAUAUGAUCUAUAUACCCAACGAUUCUGUACGAAUUACUCAUCCUGAUGAAGCCCGGUAUCUACGAAUCUUUCAAAAUGUGGACCUAUCUAGCAAUUUUUACUUUAGUUACAGCUAUGAUUUGUCCCACUCACUUCAAUAUAAUCUCACUGUCUUGCGAAUGCCCCUGGAGAUGUUAAAGUCAGAAACAACCCAGACUCGCCAGGAGAGUUUCGACAUCUUUGAAGAUGAAGGAUUAAUUACACAGGGUGGAAGUGGAGUAUUUGGGAUCUCCAGUGAGCCUUAUAUGAAGUAUGUGUGGAACGGUGAACUUCUGGAUAUAAUUAAGAAUACUGUGCAUCGUGACUGGCUGUUGUAUAUUAUUCAUGGGUUCUGUGGACAGUCAAAGCUGUUGAUCUAUGGACGACCAGUCUAUGUCACUCUAAUAGCUAGAAGAUCCAGUAAGUUUGCCGGGACCCGCUUUCUCAAGAGAGGCGCAAACUGUGAGGGCGAUGUUGCAAAUGAAGUGGAGACUGAACAAAUACUCUGUGAUGCUUCUGUGAUGUCUUUUACUGCAGGAAGUUAUUCUUCUUAUGUACAAGUUAGAGGAUCAGUGCCUUUAUACUGGUCUCAGGACAUUUCAACUAUGAUGCCUAAACCACCUAUUACGUUGGAUCAGGCAGAUCCGUUUGCACACGUGGCUGCCCUUCACUUUGACCAGAUGCUUCAAAGGUUUGGCUCCCCCAUCAUCAUCUUGAAUUUAGUGAAGGAACGAGAGAAAAGAAAGCAUGAGAGAAUUCUGAGUGAAGAACUUGUAGCUGCUGUGACGUACCUCAACCAGUUUUUGCCUCCUGAGCACACCAUUAUUUAUAUUCCUUGGGAUAUGGCCAAGUACACCAAGAGCAAGCUGUGUAAUGUUCUUGAUCGACUGAAUGUGAUUGCAGAAAGUGUGGUGAAGAAAACUGGGUUCUUUGUAAACCGCCCUGAUUCUUACUGUAGCAUUUUGCGGCCAGAUGAAAAGUGGAAUGAACUAGGAGGAUGUGUGAUUCCCACUGGUCGCCUGCAGACUGGUGUUCUUCGAACCAACUGUGUGGACUGUUUAGACCGCACCAACACGGCACAGUUUAUGGUGGGAAAAUGUGCUUUGGCUUAUCAGCUGUACUCCUUGGGACUGAUCGACAAGCCUAAUCUACAGUUUGAUACAGAUGCAGUUAGGUUAUUUGAGGAACUCUAUGAAGAUCAUGGGGAUACCCUGUCCCUUCAGUAUGGUGGUUCUCAACUUGUUCACCGUGUCAAAACCUACAGAAAGAUAGCACCAUGGACCCAGCACUCAAAAGACAUCAUGCAGACCCUGUCUAGAUAUUACAGCAAUGCUUUUUCAGAUGCUGAUAGACAAGAUUCCAUUAAUCUCUUCCUGGGAGUUUUUCAUCCCACUGAAGGGAAACCUCAUCUCUGGGAACUCCCAACAGAUUUUUACUUGCAUCAUAAAAAUACGAUGAGACUUUUACCAACAAGAAGAAGUUACACUUACUGGUGGACACCAGAGGUAAUAAAACAUUUACCGCUGCCUUAUGAUGAAGUUAUCUGUGCCGCGAACUUAAAGAAGUUGAUAGUGAAGAAAUUCCACAAAUAUGAAGAAGAGAUUGACAUCCACAACGAGUUCUUUCGGCCAUACGAACUGAGUAGUUUUGAUGAUACCUUUUGCUUGGCUAUGACAAGUUCAGCACGUGACUUUAUGCCUAAGACCGUUGGCAUUGAUCCAAGUCCAUUUACAGUGCGUAAACCAGAUGAAACAGGAAAAUCGGUAUUGGGGAACAAAAGCAAUAGAGAAGAAGCUGUAUUACAGCGGAAAACAGCAGCCAGUGCCCCGCCUCCCCCCAGCGAGGAGGCUGUGUCCAGCAGCUCUGAGGAUGACUCUGGGACCGACCGGGAAGAAGAGGGCUCUGUGUCUCAGCGCUCCACUCCAGUGAAGAUGACCGACACGGGAGACAGUACCAAAGUGACUGAGAAUGUGGUCCAGCCCAUGAAAGAAGUAUAUGGAAUUAACCUCUCAGAUGGUCUCUCAGAAGAAGAUCUCUCCAUUUAUUCAAGAUUUGUUCAGCUGGGUCAGAGUCAACAUAAACAAGACAAGAGCAGCCAGCAACUCUGUUCCAGGUGCCCAGAUGGAGUUAUAAAACUAACACCUAUCUCAGCUUUCUCACAAGACAACAUCUAUGAAGUACAGCCUCCAAGGGUAGACAGAAAAUCUACAGAGAUCUUCCAAGCCCACAUCCAGGCCAGUCAAGGUAUCAUGCAGCCUCUUGGAAAGGAAGAUACUUCCAUGUACCGAGAAUACAUCAGGAACCGCUACCUGUGAAGAGAAAACAGGUCCCCCCAUGAAUUUGCCUACAUUGUAAUCUGUUUUAUCUCCUCUUAAAACAUUAAUUUCCCGGGAGUCCUUUACAUCUGAAAGUUUUUCCUCUUUUUGUAACUGGUGAACUACAAAUUACAGGAAAUAAAGAAAUGCUUAAAUAUUUUGCUGUCAAUGCCUUUGCUUUAUUUUAGAAAUACUUCUAUAAAUGCAGUCAAUAUAGGGACACCUGGGUGUCUCAGUCUAUUGAGCGUCCAACUUGGGCCAGGUCAUGAUCUCACAUUUACGGGUUCAAGCCCCAUAGUCGGCCCUGUGCUGCCAGCUCAGAGCCUGGAGCCUGCUUUGGAUUCUGUGUCUCCCUGUCUCUCUGCCUUCCCCCUGCUUGAGCUCUGUCUCUCUGUCUCUCAAAAAAUAAAAUAAAAAAUGUUAAAAAAUUUUUCUUUAAAUAAUAAAAAAAUUAAAAAAAAAAAAGAAAUGCAGUCAAUAUAGUAUCACACCAUAAUUAAGAAAUUAACAGGUAUUUGUUGAGUAUCUGCUGUGUGCUAGGCACUAUGGUAGAGUCUGGGAGUAUCACAGUAAGGAAAACAGGCCAAAAAACCCAUCUCUCAUGUAAAAUGCGGUCAGAUUAUUUUUCUUUGUAGUUAACAUACUUUUUUAUGUAUUCUGACUUUAUGUUAGCUUUGUGUUUUGAUAAAAAAAAAUUGUAUGUUAACUUUGUGUUUUUUGAAAGCUCUUGUCCUUAGGAACUAAACAGUGAAAUAUUUAUGGAUAAAGGGACAAGAUGUCAACAAAGUGCCCCCCAAUGGUUCAGGAAAAAAGAACAAAUGGAGCAAAAUCUUAACAAUCAGUAAAUCUGGGAAAGAGUAAAUGGCAUUUUUUGAACAAUUCCUGUAAUUUUUCCAUAAAUAUGAAAUGAUAUCCAAAUAAAACAUUAAAAAUGAGUUUCCCUGCAUAACUUUUGUGGUGUGCAGUUGUGUUGCCCAGUGUGACCUUUGGUGUCCAGUCGGGUGACUUGUCACGUGCACAUGGCUUGUUCUCUGUAUAGUUAAACGUAACACGGACAACUUCCUGCAUUU